AUGGAUCCUCCACCCGUUCCGUCCCAUGUCACUGCCACUCCCAUAGUUACCAUUGCACAACAAAACUAUCCAGAUUCUGACGGCUCCACCCCGCGCUCCCGGCAAAAUGAAACAUGGGAUCAGGAGUCUUUGGCACUGGUCCCUGGUGCCAAACUCCGCCUCAUAUGCAGCUAUGGUGGUCACAUUAUUCCCCGUCCCCACGAUAAGUCCCUCUGCUAUGUUGGUGGUGACACGCGCAUUGUGGUUGUUGACCGUCAGUCCUCCCUCUCUGAACUUCACUCUCGCCUUUCCCACACUCUCCUCAAUGGGCGCGGAUUCUCCCUUAAGUAUCAGCUCCCUAAUGAAGAUCUUGAUUCCCUUGUAUCCGUCGCAACUGAUGAAGACUUGGAUAACAUGAUCGAAGAAUAUGAUCGUGCGAUGUCAGCUUCGCCUUUGAAACCAUCUCGUCUUCGUUUGUUCCUUUUUCUUGCCAAACCUGAGACUGCAGCCUCCAUGGGUUGCCUCCUUGCUGAUUCUAAAUCUGAAACGUGGUUUGUUGAUGCUCUUAACAAUGCUAGCUUGCUUUCUAGAGGACUUUCUGAUUCAGCUGCUGACGGUAGUUUUCUGGAGCUUCAAAGGAUUCCCAAAAGUGAUUCUGGUGUAAACUUGGAUCAGGCUCAGAAUGAGUCCUUGGCAAACAAUAGUCAAAUGGCAAAAAAUGUAAUCCAAGAAGUGCAAUCCACUAUGCCUGAUUCACCAAUGGUUGAAACAACCUCAUCAUUUGAGUCCAGUGUUUCAUCCCCAUCUAUGCCAAAUUUGCCCCCAAUUAAGGUUAGAGCUGAAGAUGUUCAAAUGAAUGCAAGAUUCCACGAUCAGAUGCUCGGGUUGGAUGAACAGUUCUCACACAUGAAUGUAGCUUCAAAUGCUCAAAAGAUGGAUGAUGGUUACCAUCAUUUGGCUGCAGCAGCUGCGACGCCACCUCUUCCUACUCUAAUUGGUGGUGCAGCUGUAAUGUCAUCAGCUACCUUGGUGAGCGCUGCACCGGCUACAGGGGAACAUCAUGGCCGGGUUGUCUCUGAUGAUGAGAAAUCAGAUCAUGGUGUAUCCACCGGACACCGAAAGCCUCCAUUACCUUUACAGCCUAUUCAGCGGAAAUUUGGAGAUGGUUAUAGCUUGCCAUCACCUGAUUCAAAGCAUGCUGGAGGCUACAACUUACAAUCACCAGAUUCUGUGGCAAGUGAUAGCAGCAUCGCAUCAGGUACAUCCUUCUCGAAACAAACGGUUUACCAAGAUGCACCUCCAGUGGCAGGUCGUGAAACCAGAGUGCCUCCGGCUGUAACUGACCCAAAAACUAAUAUUAUGGACUAUAACCCUCAAAUUCAGAUGCAGCAAGUUCAGGAUUCUGUAGUUAUGCAAGUUCCACAGCAGCAGCAGCAGCAGUUCGUUCCUGCUACCGCACAUUACAUUCAACAUGCUGCAACAGGUCCAGUGGCAGUCCCGUCUUACUAUCAGAUGUAUGCACCCCAAACCCAGCAACCACUUCAUCAACAAAUGGAUCAGCAAUAUCAAAUGUUUUAUGUGCCAGUCCCUCAGACUCAACCGUAUAAUUUGACAGUGCAAUCCAAUACAGCUGAUGCUACUGCUGUAGCUUCAACCCAGCAGUUAACACCAUCAAAUCCAGCAAUGGUUUCAUCGUCAGCAGUGUUUAAAGAAGCUCUUCCACCUAUUUAUCCAGCAAGGACAGUCCAGUCCUCUAAGCCUGAAUUGCCUACCAAUGUGUACAGAACAGCAACCCCAGCAACUCCAACGGUAAUCCAAGUUCCUCCAAGUCAAUAUCAUCAACAGUAUUACGGCCUUUCCCAGGUUCCUCCUCCAUCACAGCAAAUGGCUGCUGUUCCUAACGGUGCUGCUAAUUAUGGCUAUGAAUAUUCUCAUCCUACGCAUGACCAAGUGUUCUAUACCCAACAAACAGCUGCACCACUUCCCUCUCAGUACCAAACUAUGACCCCUACCACUGCGGUUUUAUUAUCACAGGCUACAGCACAGCUAGCUGGGGAGAAUACCACGACUCAGAACAGAACUUCAUAGCCUCUAUAAAUAAAACUAAGCAGUUCAAAGAUUUGUUAUCAAGUGUAAUUUUUUUCACAGUACGGAGUAUAUUACGGCAAAAAAUAAGGGUAUUAUGGUAUUCGCUAUCCUACAACAUGCUGCUGCUUUUGAUGGGGCUAAGAACAUACUUGUUUGUGGCUUCAUAAGGUGAAAUGAAGAACAAUGUUGUUAUUGUUUUCCAUGUAGUUAUUGACCCCCUUUUGGUCAUAUAGUCUUAAUAUUAACUGGUGUUGGAUAAUAAAAACCUAUUAGACUAA